CAGAAAGAAACCACAAGGAAGGGAGAGGGGGAGAAAAAACCCACGCUAGUACUACCCUCAUUUUGAGGAUAAUUUGAGUGAGGCAAAAAAACUUGUGCACAGGCAUAUGACAGUUACAACAGGUCACAAGACAUAAACAAUGAAGACGGUGAAACAAGGGAAUGUAUGAAGGAGGGGGUGAUGGUGGGGGACUAGCUUCCGUGCAUACUUUCAUCAGGGGAAGGUCGAGAUAGCAGAUGUUGUUUUGGUAGCAAGCUGCCCAAGAAUUUAAGACAGCGUCAAGAAAGAGUCAAAAAGUGACUAGGUGAUCAAAAUCAUAUGGGCCGACGAUUUGAUUAUCGCGGCCAGCAAUGAAAUGAUUUUGAAAGACGUGAAAGAGAUGCUUUCUGUAAAGUUCAAAAUGAAAGAUCUUGGCACACUCAAGCAUUUUCUAGGUAUCGAUUUCAAUCUGUCUGAUGGAUGUGUAAAAAUGUCACAGGAGAAAUACGUUAACAAGAUAUUAGAGCGUUUCAAUAUGCAAGACUGUAAAGUACGAAAAACGCCCUGUGAACAAAAGCUGGAAUAUUCAAAUGAUGCAGUGAAAAUGAGUGAUGUCAGAACCUACAGAGAAGCAGUAGGUUGCCUAAUCUAUCUGACCACUUGUACCAGGCCAGAUUUAAGCUUUGUGGUAAGCAGGUUGUCACAGUAUUUUGCAGAACCGACAGAGGAGCAGUGGGUCACUGUGAAACAUGUGUUAAGAUACUUAAAAGGCACUUCUGACAAAGUUAAUUGAGUUUGCACCCAGUGUUCUUGGGAUUUGAAAUGUGUGACCCAGAGUCCACAUUGUUUUCUAUUUUGGUGCAUUUAAUUUUGUUUACAUUACAGCAAACUGAGUAGAAGUAGGGGUGUUAAGAUACGAUAUCUUGUAUCCUCAUUUCUGUAAUGAUGUGAUGUGUUCUUUAUUUUGAACGGGUCUGGCAACCCAAGAUACAACGCCAUAUCCAGUCUAUACUCGGCGCGAAAUACUUCUUCCUGUGCAGUGGUGAUGAGAAGGGGCUGCUCUCUGUGCAGACGGCAAAGAAACAUGACACAAGUUUGAGUUAAGCAAGAAAAUUCAUCUCUCGUCGUUAUUAUCCCUAAUGCAUCCUGAACGAAGCGCACACCUCAACAGGUUUUAUCACUGACCAAUAUAAUACUGUUGGAUCAAAUCAGUGAACAACAAAUAUUUAAGUCACUAUUUCUUCACAGUUACUUCCCAUGUAGAUGAAUACACUCGCUUCGUCGUCGGAAUGGCCCAAUGGUUGUUCAAGACAAGCCUGGAUACGGAUAACCAACAUUCUCACGACCCAAAAUUAAAUGAACAUGCAGAGUGGAAAAAAGCCCCUCGCCCCAUCCAACAAAGGUUGUGAAAUACAAGCCAUCAGAGGAUCCCACAAUAUGGCUGCAGUGAGCACUGAAGGACAAAAGCCAACAGUUCUGUUCGACUUCCUCUCCAACCUUGGGCUGCAAAAGUAUUAUCCGAACAAACUUACUCUUCAAUCUCUAUUGGAAGUCAACAAAAGCAGCAUCUACGAAAAAGUUGUUCUAUCAAAGGAUGAAAUACCAUUUUAUUUCCUCAGAAAACUGUUCCAAAUCAAUGCUGGAUGCAGGUCCUGCACUCGGGUAUUAAGCAGCCAUGAAGAACACGAAGACAGUCUUGACCUCCUGGACAUUUACACGGCAUGUGAAUCAGCAAGCACAGUUCAUCCCCUUGACCUGGUAGUAGGUCUAUUUCUUUGUGCUGACAGCUCCUUGCAGCAGGAAAUGGCCCUCAAGAUGUCUUUAUGUCAGUUUUCGGUCCCACUACUGUUGCCCCAUUGCAGCAACAACCAGUGUACUCUGAUGCUGUGGGCUCUGAGAGAAAUCGUGAAAGAGUGGUGUCCACAUGAUUUGCGUCAAACGAGAGGAUUCGUUGAGAACAACAUUGUGCAAGCAACAAUUCCAUUUUUUUCCUUUGUGAGGCUAAAAAACUGCAGUUUAUCUAAAUCUCAUUUUUUAAAUCACAUCCUCAGUGGCGGCCAACAGAAUCACAAUAUGUUUUUACACAGAGACAUGGAAGGAGGGGCACGGCCUCGGAGAAUUUCAAAUACGUUAGUGGAGGUGUGCUGGUUCCUUCCUUGUGGGAGAGCAAAUCUUGACAUAUUCCCAGAGCCAGUUGCAUUUGCCAAUUUGCGAGGAGAUAUUUGUGAGUCACUCACGCAAUUUACUUUUCUUUAUGAAGUGUCCAAUGCAAUCUUUAUAUUCUUGGACAAAAUUGAAGACAAUGAGCACCAAGUUCUGAGAGCUCUUCAAGAUGCUAAAUCCAAAAUCUAUUUUCUUGUUCAUCGUAAAGAGAAUGGGUGGGACGAUAUGGCGUCAGUCAAAAAAACACAGCAAGAACUGGAUGUACCAAAUGGCAGUGUUAAAAUCAAAGACUCAUGGGUGAAUGUGGCAGAGUUUUGUCAGCGACUUUGUGGAGCCAUCAAGAAAUUACUGCGUGACGUCAAAAGCACAAGUAUUGAAAAUAUGACCGAAAAAGCCAUUGAAUUGGGCCUGAGUGUCGAUGAAAACCAAACCCUCGAGCAGAAAAAAGCUGCUGAAGAGAUCAUGAGGGGCAUUACUGUCCGAAGUAUACCACACUACAAAAAACAAGAACUUCCUUUGCAAGGAAAAAAUUGGAGGAGGCUUUCACAAUUAGAGAGGAAGGCAUGCCGAAUAAAUGAUGUUGCCACUGUUGGCGUUGAGCAUUACAAAGCUCAGCUUCAGGAUGAGAUAAGACAAAUCUGGGAAGCGCAAAAGAAACAGAAGCGGCCCAGGGGAAUGCAAUGUUUUAUUGACACUUUAGCAAUGAGUGACAAAGAGAGAAGGACUUAUUUCUUGAAGUGGAUGAAGUUCAUCUUUAAUACCCAUUCGCGUGAAAAAUUGACUGCUCUGCGUAACAAAUUCAAAGAGCAAUGCAGAAAUAAAGACGCCAAACUCAUUGCGGAGAUUGAUCAGAAUUUGUCUGAGAGCUCCUUAGGAGUGGAACAUUACAUGAGAGAAAUGGGACUCAACUACGAGGUUUCCAUGCAGUCAGACGUUGGCGCGGAGAAAUUGGUUCAUUUGCCCGCUGUCGCUGCUGAAAUGUUGUUGGAUGGUUAUCCAUUGGAGUUUUUGGACGGAGAUGCGUCAAACAUCCCAGAGAAGUGGGUGAAAGAUGUUCUCAUGGAGCUUCACAAGAAGGUCGGAGGGAAGAGCAGGCUGUUAGUUCUGGCUGUGCUUGGUGUUCAAAGUACUGGAAAAUCAACUCUUCUCAACACCAUGUUUGGCGUUCACUUUCCGGUCAGCAGCGGCAGAUGUACAAGAGGGGCUUACAUGCUGUUCCUCAGAGUUGGAGACGAUAUACAAACUGAUUUGGGUUGCGACUUCAUCCUUCUCAUUGAUACCGAAGGUCUGAAAUCCCCUGAGCUUGCACAACUCGAAGAUAGCUACGAGCAUGACAACCAACUGGCGACCUUCGUUAUUGGCUUGAGUGAUGUCACCGUGAUCAACAUUGCAAUGGAGAAUGCAGUCGAAAUGAAAGACGUCCUGCAAAUUGUCGUCCAUGCCAUCAUGAGAAUGAAACAAAUAGGUAAAAAACCAAUCUGUCAUUUCGUGCACCAAAAUGUGGCCGGAGUCUCGGCUCAUACCAAAAACAUGACAGAACGUCAACAUUUGUUGGACCAACUUAACGAAAUGACAGAAAUUGCAUCCGAAAUGGAGAGAAACCCUUUGAUUCAGGCAUUCACAGAUGUGGUUGACUAUGACUUGGAACACAACAACUGGAAUAUCCCGGGACUUUGGCAUGGGACUCCUCCAAUGGCACCAGUGAACAUUGGUUACAGUGAGGCUGUCGCGGAGUUUAAGAAAAAUCUUCUGGAGACAGUUGGAAAAGAAAGGAGCUCCGUCUGUUUAAAGAUCCCAGAGUUUCUCGGAUGGAUGAGAAGUUUGUGGGAGUCAGUGAAGUAUGAGAACUUCAUCUUUAGUUUCAGAAACACACUUGUGGCCCAUACUUACAACAGCCUCUGCAAAGAGUUUUCACAGUGGGAAUGGGAGAUGCGAAAAGAAAUCCUCUCCUGGCAGACAGCAGCAGAAUUUGAAAUCUUAAAUGCAAGCAGUGAGGCUGAUUCGGAGACGUGUGACGCAGUGGUGGCAUCAAAGAAAUCAGAAUUAUGCGGGAAAAUUGAAGCACAUAAAGGAAAAUUGAAUGCCAAACUCUAUGAAUAUUACCAAAAGAAAGACGGCCGUGUCAAUUUGAUCGAGAAAUACAAAACGGACUUCAUUAAUUGUAUCACAAGUCUGUCCAAUGAUAUUCUGUAUUCAGUGAAUAUUCAUUUGGACAGAGUCCUUGCGCGAAAGACCGGUUUGAAAAAGGCCCAGGACAUCCAACGAGAGUAUCGCGGUGUGAUUGAAGAGAGAGUCAUGAAACUUCUGAGUGACUUCAAAGGCUGCAGCCUGUCUGAUGACCAACUGAGAGAGGAGUUUGACAAAAUGUGGGCUACCACUACGGCCAACGUACCCACAGUGAACGAACAAGACAUACCUGCCUACAUUCUCGCCCAACUGAGGAAAAAUGUUCUCCAUCAGAACGUGAAUGAGAACUUCAGAAGGAUUAAAAACCUCAUGCAUUUUGGAAUGGGCCCGUUUAAGACCAGAAGCGACCAUGUUGACUCCAUCAGGAAGAAAUUUGAACAUAUGUACAAGGACAAUUGUCAGAGAUCUAACAACAAUUUACAAUUGUUUGCAGACAAUGUCAUUGCAACGUCCAUUCAGUUUAUCCUUGAUAAAACAAAGUCCAAUGGUGACUACCAUGACUCUUUCCCAAGGGAUCUGCUGCAGAGGAUUGAUGAAUUGCUUGAUCAAGGAUACAAGUGUCACCAAACCAAUACUCAGUUCGAGAUUGAUCUCAAACUUCAUAUCUGUGGCAUUGCCGCAAGAGAAUUUCUCGAGAUGCACCAACGAUUCCUGUCGAACAAUGACCCUCGAACGCAGCUGGAAAAGUACAAGGGCCAGUACUUGUUGGAUUUUCUGGAUUUAUACAAAGAGACCGAUCACUGCCAACGCAAAGCGAACAAUUUUGUCCAGCUUUGUAUCAAGCCGUCCAUUGAGGACUGCAUCAACCGAUCUUUGGGAAUUGACAUUGUCGACGAGAUUUUGACAAGCAGUCAUUCAAUGACUUACAGUUCACGCUCGUGUUUCCAAUAUGACAUUCAGAAAGAGUUGCUGCUGAAAGAUGACUUCAACAGUUUUGUCAAGUACAUUUCUUCCUAUGAAACAUAUGUGAAGGAUCAGAUCCUUCAACACAUCUGCCAAAAAAUGGACCAAGACAAGUUGUUGUGCAAAUUGAAGAAGAAGAAGUUGGAGGAUGUAGUUUGUAAGUUAUUAAAUGCAAUGGAGCAGGCCACAAAAAAAUUGUCAGAUGAUGACAGAGACAUUCCAAAUCUCAUCAACCAAAUGCGCAAAUAUCUGAUUCAAGACAUUGUCAUAUCAGACGAGGCACAACAGCACAGUCUGUUCCAGAUCCAAAGCACGUGCGAGUCAUUUACACAAAGCUUCUUUGCAGCCUUGACUACAUUAAAGGAAACACUCCUUGAUGAAUAUUCCAACACUGACAGCACAACCGAAACGCUCAAUAAACUUGCAAUCAAACCGCAGAAUGAGCUAUUCAAGAGAAUAUUUGGAUGUGGACAGCAGUGUCCAUUUUGUAACGUUCCCUGUGAAGCAGGUGGCAAAAAACACAAGAAACAUCAUGCGGCUGUGCAUCGACCACAGGGUCUUGGAAGAUGCCAGGAUUAUAAAACAAAAGACCUUGCUGAAUCUCUGUGUACCACUCACGUGCAGAGUAACAUGCGUUUUCGAACCCCCGAAACGCAAGGAAAGUGGGUUGACUACAAAGACUACGCUACCAUCUUUCCUGACUGGCACAUUCCCCCAGACCCCACAAUGGAAGCAUCAGACUAUUGGAAGUAUGUCCUGGUACGCUACAAUAAACAAUUUGCAAAAGAGUAUGGGGCCAACCCAGCAAAUGUUCCAAAGGCCUGGAAUAAAAUCACAAAGGAGGAAGCGCUGAAGGGUUUGAGAGAAACCUUCGGCAUAAAUGAAGAGUCAGUAAAUGAGUAACGUAAAAAAAUAUUUGCAGUGUGCCCUCGUGGGGAAGACAAAAGAAGAGAAGAAAAGAGUUCAAAAUAUGUCACGGUUUUGCUCGUUGAAAAUAAACACUGUCAGAAAUGAA